AUGUUCUCAUCGUCCAAUUGCAACAGUGGCCAGCAACAACAUACGACGGGUUUAAAGUUGUUGAAUAGUGCCGGCUAUGCUUGGAAUUCUCAUGACUACAGCCCCUCAUCGGAAUUGUAUAACAAGUGCCAAGUCAUUGAUGAUAAUGUAGAAUUGGAUGCUCAUAAACGGAGGAUAUUAAAAGCACCGAUUAUUAAAGACAAGAUGUGUGUUUAUAACUCCAUGAUGAAUAUUGAAAACAUUGCAACCAUGCAAGAAUUCACGAAUUUUAAUUUAUUUAAAAACCAAGAUGAUGUAAAUAAUAUGGAAGAGGAUGAUUUAAAUUCAGCAUACCAUACAAUGGCCGACAAUGAUCGACCAAGCGAAUCUUCAUCAUUCUCAACCAGUGGUGACGAUUUACUUUCUCAAGCACGAGGUUAUCAACAAGAAUUAGUUGAACAUUGCAAAAAAGAAAAUACGAUUAUUGUAGCUCCAACCGGUGCGGGCAAAACAUUUAUUGCUGCUCUUUUGAUCAGAGAUACACUUGAUCAAAAUCCAGCAAAGAAGAUACUGUUUCUUGUAAAUCAAAUUUCUCUUGUAGAUCAGCAAGCAACUGCCUUCCAAGAAUUUAAUAUUCCACGAGUAGGUGCCUUUCAUAGUGACAAAAAAGGGCUGAAAAAUUGGACAGAAGAUUCAGAAUAUCAUGAUGUCAUUGUUUGUACAGUACAAAUACUUCUUAAUUCCAUGAAGAACAAUGAAGAAAGAAUAAUGGAGGAUGUUCAAUUAAUAAUAUUUGACGAAUGUCAUCAUGCGCAUUCUAACCAUCCAUUCAAGGUGCUUAUGAGAGAUUUUUAUAAACCUCGAAAGUUGGCUGGAUUUCCCAUUCCUAGAAUUGUGGGGCUAAGUGCUUCACCUGCUGCUAAAAACACAGUUGGUGAAACGAUCCUAAAAAUUUUGCAACUGUGCCAUGAUUUGGAUUGUACAGUGAGACGUGUAGAAAAAAACGAAGAAGAGUUGAACAAGUAUGUGUACAUACCUCCCAUUCAAAUGAAAAGUGUAGAUAUGGACCCUCACUCAGAGAGACUAAAAUCUUAUAUUUAUAACGCUAUUAGACGAGUUAAGAUGCUGCUUCUUGAAAAAUGUGGCAAAAAUUUACAUGGAGAUAUUGACAUUUAUGAUGAUAAAUUUGGUACUGAUGAGGCUGACAUGUGGAUUAACAAAAGGUCACAUAUACCCACAACAGAAUUAUCGAACGAUACGGAAUGUGACAAUCGACAUUUAACAGAAUUUUUACAAACUAGAGAUAGAUCCAAGCCUAUGAUUGUUCUAUUAUGCCAAACUCUGUCUAUUCUUAACGAAUGUCUCAUGAUUAAUGAUCACCGAUCACCCUAUGAUGCGUGGGAGCAAUUGAAAAAGUUCUUAAAUUCUUUAGAAAAUAAGGAAAUCCUCUCCUUAUUGUCUAAAAGCGGUAUAUCACUAUCCAUGUAUGAACACGAGCAUUCAAUAGGAAUAAUUCCAAAAAACUGUAAUAAGAGAGUUGAGCUAGCAAGAUUAUUAACAGAAUACAAAUCAAAAGCUCAAGAUAUGAGAGCGCUGAUUUUUGUAAAAACCAGACUUGGAUGUAAAGAAACUAAAGAGUUUUUAGAGACUCAACCAGCUCUUCGCGGUUUCCUUAAACUAGACAUUCUGCUUGGCCGCGGCAAAAGCUCAUCUACAGGAGGAAUGACCUCUAAUCAGCAGCAGACGGUUUUGACAAACUUUAGAACUGGCGUUAUUAAUACUUUAAUUUCUACAAGUGUGGCUGAGGAAGGUAUUGAUAUUCCAUCCUGCAGUUUAGUCGUGCGAUUAGAUGGGGUUGAUAGCGCCUUAAAUCUCAUUCAAUCAAGAGGAAGAGCCAGAUCUCGAAAUAGUGAAUUUUUCUGUAUUCUUCACACAAAUUCUGGACAGAAAUCCGUCGAGCGAUAUCAAAUGCAAGAAAGAAAAAUGAUCACUGCUGUCGAUAUUUUGAUGAAGGCAGAAAGAAUACAUCCUGAUAUUUAUCUGAGGAAUAUCAAUCUAAAAGAGACCUCUGGCUUAAAGCAUAUGGUUCUCGGUCACAUUUUCGAGUAUUUAUGGUUUAACUCUGAGAAAAUUGCAAACGAUGAAACUGUCCAACGUCUCUAUCACUACACUGAAAAGACUAUAACACAAUCAUCAGUAUUAUCGAACACGUGUGAGAAAUUAUUUGGAGCAAAACCAGUAAUGCAAGUCAUAAAAACUGGUUCAAGUUUUAUUGCUCGAAUAAUUAUUACAAUUAGUAAUAUUGAUAGAAGCUGUUAUAUGAAUGGAUAUCAGGCAGCCAGAUACUUUGUCCUUACUACUUCUAAGGCUUUUAAAACUAAACGAGAUGCGAAGAACGCUGCCUCCCUUGAAGCAUUACAAAAGUUUAUGGACAAAGAUCUUGUCGUAUUUCCUCCUAGCACUUGGACAGAAAUUUACAAAGAGAAAACUAAAGAUCCAAUCGAGAUCAAUGACGGAGAGAAUUCUGAACUUCUCAAAGAAAUAGUACCCAUUCAAGAGAUUGAUCUCAAACGAAAACAAACGACUACCAAAGUAACAGAUGCAAACAUUUUCAAAGAGAAGAUUACUCUCGAAACAGCUAUUACUUGUCUAUUUCAUCACUGCAAACUUAAUUUUGGAGUUAACCCAGAGUUCAAAGAUUUUGUGUUGACAAUGAGAGUUAAUAAUUUCAAUCAAUACUAUUACACUUGCAGUGUCGUUAGUGACAAAGUAUCUACAGUAAGAGGAGAUGCAUUUUCCAAGAAAAAGGACGCUAAAAAAGAUGCUGCUUUUAAGAUGUGUCAUGCAAUUUUUAAUGCUUACCAUUAUUUCGACAUGCCAAAAUCUGCAUUUUCAACAACCCAGAGCAACAAACAAUCAGAUGAGCAAUGA